CGCUUUUCGGGGAGCGUUCCUAGGCAACGUGCGUGCGUUACGUUCGUGCAUGCGUACGUCCUCCUUCCCUCCUUCUUCAAGCGUGUCCAGCUGGCGACAAUGAUCUGCCUGUUUCUGUCUAUAUUCGCGUACAUCUUCCAGGCAGUUUCCACCACGCAAGACUCGCCGGGCUAGCUGCAAGAGGAGCGGUUAACUGGUGAAACUAUAGUGUCAUGAAGCAGCGGGGCAGUCAGUGAGUCCUCACUGUGAAAUGAGUUGAUUCAUCAUCCUAUUAAUAGCUCACGUGUUAGCGCAUUUCAUGAGAGGGCAAGAGAGGCUCCUGCAGCCGGAGAGAGAGAGAGCUGCUGCAAUGGGGCCGAGAAAAAGGUCAAGGGGAGAGCUACGUGAGCCUGGAGAGGUGGAGGUUAAACGAGCAAAGACUGGAGACACUGGGUGCAGAGGUUGGAUUAGACACGUGUAAAUACACCAUGCAGAGCUCAGCCUUGUGUGAGGCUCUUGAAUGAAUGAUGCUGCCUCCUCCAGGAUAUACCGAGGUGCAUGCAAGCUGCUGUGGCUUGCUGGACAGGUGUGAAUGAGCGCACCUUCAUCGCCGUGAAACCAGAUGGCGUUCAGCGGAAACUGGUUGGCGAAAUCAUCCGUCGCUUCGAGAGGAGAGGGUUCAAACUGGUGGGCCUCAAACUUCUGCAGGCGUCUGAGGAUCUUCUGAGGGAACAUUACUGGGAACUGAGGACUAAGCCUUUCUUCAAGGAUCUGAUCAACUACAUGAGCUCCGGACCAGUCGUAGCCAUGGUGUGGGAGGGCUUGGACGUGGUCAAGACUGCGCGUAAGAUGUUGGGUGAGACGAACCCCGCGGACUCGCUGCCCGGAACAAUCCGAGGAGAUUACGGCGUGGAAGUGGGCAGGAACGUGAUCCACGGCAGCGACUCGGUGGAGAGCGCCCAGAAGGAAAUCCCUCUGUGGUUUCGCCAGAACGAGCUUCACUGCUGGGAGGACGGCAGCAGCCACUGGAUCUACAACUAACGGCCUACAUGUGCUGCGUGUACACCGUCCUGUAGGUGAACCAGCGUCACUACAUGGCGGAUCAUCAUCAUACCUCAGAUGAAUAUUUUUUUGGCUUUAGUAGCUCGUCGUUGCUUUUUCAUAAAACAUUUAUUUACCUGAGGUGAAAUGACAAACCAAACAUGCACUAAGCGAGCGAGAACUUGAUCAGCAACUUGACCGUUGCUGCUGCUUCUGCUACAGAUUUCAUUGUUUUUGUUCAGUCCAGAACACUAUCUCAUGUUUACAGUUUUUCAGCAAUAAGCUUUGAAUGUGGAGCAAUAAAAUGUCAUUAAGUAGCUGUAUUAAAAAUAAAAAAAAACACCCUGAAGGUUAAUUUCUGUGGAAAAACAGGAAACUUAUUGUUGUGAAUAAUCAAAUAACAGAAAGUGUUUACCAGCUUGGUUUAUUUUGGAUGCAGUUCUGGCUCCUUUUUAAGUUUUUAUUAUGGAAAAAUCAGCCAAAAUGUAAAUGUUUCUACAAUAUGAGACACAAUUAUUGCCUUGUUACACAUUCACGACUUUCAGUUUCCUCUUUAUUAAAUUCAAAUUCUGUAAAAUAGAUUGUUUCAUCAUGUGGGACUACUUGAAUGUAAAGAGUUUUAAAAUAUGAGCACAUAUUUCUCAUUGUGGUUUUGUAAUAUCAUCAUGUGUGUCCAAAUUAAAGAGAAGAUGCACUUUAUCGUGCUUAUCAAAGCUGCCACUCUUGUCACGUUCAGGCUUUGCUGUGUGAAAAUUGUCAAAAACAAUAAAAUCUGAUCCUGAAAUCCU